AUGCCUUAUUUCGCCGAGCCCCUGCUUCAGCAGGCGGCGUCGGAGCCGGUGGGAGGGAGCGGCGCGAUCUUUCAGGAAGGCAGCAUGCCUGUCUUGGAAACCCAGGGGCCGUUGAGCCUUGGACCGUGCUCGGUGGCCGCGGGGAGGGCGGCGGUGGAGGAGCUGGCGAGGAGGAUGCUGCACAUCGAGGCGCUGGUCUUCAAGCAGGACACGGUUGUGGAUGCCCGUUGGUCGGAGUUCGGGCGGCGUCGAAAGUGGAGGACCUUCGUCAACAACGCACAGACAGCGCCGCAGCUCCUCGCGGCCUGGGGCGCGUUCAAGGAUGUGAUCGACUGGCAAGCCGCGCAAGGGUGCUACUCGGAGCUGGACCGGCGAAAGUUCCUCUCCCUGCUACCGGCUCACUUGAGAAACUCCAUGCCGGACAAGGGGGAUGAGGUCCUCUACUAUGGAGAUGGGCACGUGCUCUCGAUGGAGGCAGAGGCCAAGGCCGGCUAUAGGGGUGUGUGGGGCUCUGACCCGCCUAGGCCUGGCACCGUCCAGCAGCACACGGUGAAGUCUAUCUCGUACCACCAGGGGGGCUCCAGCCGGAGGGCGAAGGGCGCGCAGCCUUUCGCCACCAUAGAGCUUGAGCCCACUCCGGUGCCCCGAUCUUUCGAAGAGCUGGGUCUGCUGCCUCCCACAGAACCGUUCGGCAAGCUGAACCGGCUGUUGAAGAAGGCUGUCAAGGCCAUGAGGGAGAGGGCUGACGUAGCGCACUUCCUCGUACCUGUGAGCAGGACGAUAUACCCAGACUACUACGAUGUGAUCUCGGAGCCGAUGGACCUGAACAAGCUGUGGAAGCGGUGCUCGGCGUGCCGUUACCGGUCAGUGGAGGAGUUCAAGCGCGAGCUGGCCUUGGUCGCCUCUAACUGCCGCCUCUAUUGCCAGGACAAGUUCCCUACCCUACCCCCAGCGGCCGACGCUGCGGUGAACGUUGGAAUGGAGACCCUAGAUGAGCCCAAGCUGGCUGCCGAGCUUAGCAAGACGGUGGAAGACGGGAAGAGACUGGAGGCGUUGUGGAACAAGCACAUGUCGGCCGCCAUCAGCGCCUCGCCUGAGCUCGCCACCAUGCCCGGCAUGCAGAAGCUCGCAAGGCAACUGGGCUUUGACACGGGGGCUGCCGAAGAGGAUGACGUCGGAAGAGGGGGGCAGGAGAGCGACGAAGACGACGACUAUGGACAGCCGGACACGGCCAGCAUCGCGCGACAGGUGUUUUACGACAAGCUGGUGGGCAUCAAGUACGGCACUCCCGACGAGGGAGAGAAACAGAAAACCGACGGCAACGAUAGCAGCGACGUCAAGAAAAAGCCUUCAAUACUCGACGAAACGCCCGAGGCACGGUCUCCGACGGCCAAUGGCGUCUCUCCAACACCCCUUUGGCCAGGCAGCGGCGCGGCUGCUGCAGCUGCUGCACCCCAAGCAUCGCCGUCGGCAACUUCGCCAUCGGCAUCCUCGCCGCCGCCGGCGACAAAGACGGCCGACGCAACUUGGUCGGGUGCGACGGCAGUUGCGGUGGAAGGGGAAGCCUCGCCGUCUUCUGCUGCGACCGGCGCGCCUGGCGACGCUGGUGCUGCAGGCGCCGAACCAAUGGACGUCGAUUCGGGGUCCACCGAACCGAAGUCCGCCACAUCACGAACAUCGUCGUCACCGUCACCAGCAGCAGCAGCAGAUGCAGAUGCAGCUGCUUCGCAGCCUCGUUCGCCUUCGACCGCUGCAUCACCUCCUGCAGCAGCAACCACGGCGGGGACCCCAGACACACCUCCGCCCGGAGAGCAGGAGAAGCGGCAGUCGGACGUGGCCGCUGACGCGUCCAAGGAAGAAGGCGCCGGGGGCGGCGAGGCGGCGGCGGCGGUAGCGGCGGCACCGGUGGCGCCGGCAAUAGCGCCCGGGGGUGUGUUUAGGGUUUCUAUGCGGCUUAGCAACGAGAUGCCCGAGUUCGUGGUGGUGGCGUCAAAGUAUGACGAGGCCAUGACCUUCAACUGGAGGUCGGAGAUGCACAUACAGAUGGCCUUCAUGGAGGAGCCAGGGGAGCCUCCUCGCAUUUUCGAGGGCACCCUGGUGGGGGUGAAGCCCAAGGAUCCCCGCACGCAAAUGAUGCCUUGGGAGUGCCUGAUAGUGGAGUGGGACGACGAGGCGGGGAUGAACACCGUCAACCCGUGGGAGGUGGAGGCUGUGUCGGCAGCGACGGCCGCCGCGCGACGCCGCGCGCCAGGGAUGCCGGGGGUAGGAGAGCACAUAGGGUAGGCCUGCGGGACACAUGACAUGCGUGGCGGCGCUUCUGCUGCAACGAAGACGGCUGUCAACGGGUAGGGGUGGGGGGUGGGAUACCAAGCGUCAAUAAUUGGUCCGGAACUUUGAUUGGUCUCUUUGAUGCGAAUGGCCUCGACGCAGGCGGCCCGUGGUUUGUUUCAGCGGGUUUGUGCGUGCUGGGAUUUGUGUACUGGGAGCGGGGCGGGGGGGGGUAGAGGCCGCUCGUUAUGUAUGCAACGGUGGGCGAAGGGUACUCUACAAGCAGUACAGUAUUUUGGCGUUUGAAGGUGCUGCGCAGGAUGUGGUUGUGUUUGAUUUUUCACGAGGUUUUUUUGUGGAGAUACAAGUAGAAAUCUGCCGUUUCAGUUUAGUUGCUUGUGAUUUCGGUGGUGAUGGGUUAUGUAGACGCCCUUUCUCUCUCACACACACAGGGUUGCGUAGCAUACUGACUAUUAUGUAGCCUUGGGAAGGGUCCAUGUGUCCAUGUACUCUGUGUGUGAAUAUGGUUUAGAAGGGUUCUUUAUGAUGUAGGUUUGGGAAGGGGGGAGUCUUGCCUUGAUCGACGUGAACACGGCAAUAGAAGCCUUUCUUUUUCGGAAAUCUAUUAUUUACUCUGUCGAUUCUGGGACAGCAAGUGUUCGCUACAAGUCGUCUUUAAUUGUUUGUAGUUUUUUCGCUGUCGGGGAGCUCUUCCCCAGUCGGUGCAUGUUCCUGUCAUGUCUCGGAAAGCUGAUGGCGUGGGACAUGGCGGUGAUUGUAGCAGUAGCCUUGUCUUAACCGGGAGGCGGCACCGCGGUCGGGAAUACUAGUGGGUGGUGGUGGUGGGAAAAAAAUGAACACAAUAUGGGGCGGGCCCCCGCCUCGGUUGAAGGCAAGGCUUGUACAAUAGCACCAAUAUACAUAGGGAGAGAACAUUCAGGCCGCGUGGGGACAGCGUGAGACUGCCACGCCCCGCUCGCUGGUUUAUUCGUCGAACUUUAACUUCCCUGCUUGGCUGGCAUCCCACUGUUGUU